UUAUAUUCGAAGGGCCUAACUAGCAAUGGGGAGUCUGGUUGCUGAUCUCUUUCUGCUCCUGCUGAUCUCCACGGGACACGUCCAUGGAGUGUCAUUCUACGGGGAUGGAUACAUCCACUUGCGGACAGUGGAGGCGUCCAUUCAGACUUUGCUCCAUGUGCGUUUUCGAACCUCCAGUCCGGCCAGCAUGCUGUUCCUGGCAGCCGGACGCCGAGACUUCUUGCUGCUGGAGCUCAUCUCUGGGCGCCUGCAGGUCCGUCUGGACCUGGGCUCAGGUGAGCGUUCACUACGCUCAGAAAAGGGCAUCCAUCUUGACGACUUGGCGUGGCACUCCAUGGAGCUGACCCACGACCACCACAACGUCAACAUGACCGUGGACCGAAACUCUCAUACCAGCCUUCGUAUGCCAGGACCAGAUCUGGAGCUCAGUGUGGAGGACGGACUUUUUGUUGGCGGGACCGCCGGACUGAACCACCCAUUCCUUCUCAACAUCUCCGCUGGGUUUCGAGGCUGUGUAGAUGAAGUUGUGUUCAAUGAGCACAACCUGUUGUCCAGCCUAAGACCUUAUUCUGGGUACAAGAGCGUCCACGAGGUCUCCCUCGGCUGUAGUCCACAGUUUUCAGCAACGGAAGUAGAUUCUGUCAGCUUUUUCAGCUCUAAAUCUUUCAUCUCUCUCCCGCCGUGGGAACGGCCACAGGGGGGGGUGUUUGAAUGUGAACUGUACCCUUCUGCAAGAGAAGAAGAUGGCAUGGUUCUGUAUAGCUCUGGCAACCAGGGGGGGUUUGUUGCCAUCGAGAUCAGAGACGGUAACCUGGUGGCAACGGUAGGAAAUGGAGAGAGCAGUAAAACUGAGCUGCGUUCUCUAACGCAUGUUCACAGCAACCACACGUGGUACCCCAUCCGGCUGCACCUGCUGCCCAACAACAUCCAGCUGAAGGUGGGUGAGGAGUUGGUUAAGGCCAGCCUGAGUCUGGAGCUCCAGGUUAUCCAGCUCAAAGGGCCUCUCUUCCUGGGAGGGCUGGACGAAGAAGCACGGGGAGAGGCAAGGCGCGCUGGGUUGUUGUCCGCUGUCCCUCGGGGUGAACCGGCUGGGCGAGGAGGGUCCUUUAAAGGCUGCCUCCGAGAAAUUAGGGUGAACAAUCAAACAACAGGCCUUCCUCAUGCCUCCAUCACCAAGGACAUCACUGUAGGCUGUAAGACAGAGCAAGUUCCAGAUGCGGCGACCACCACCAGCCCAACAGGUCAUCCCGAGUUUGAUGUCAUCACCACACAACCAAUUGCCAACAAUAAGAAGAACAGUAACUUUCUGUUGCUGAGAAAGCUAGAAGUCUUGGAGGGAGGCCGGGCACCACUGGAGCCCAAACACAUGAGGGUGAAUCUGGAUUUUCGGAAAUUGGGCAUUCAUCCAUCCCGACUGAUGUUCCGCAUUGAGGGGCAGCCUGUCCACGGCCAGCUCCGGCUGGACCUCAGUCUCAACCCUGAUGGGCUUCUGGGUGAGGGGCAGGAGAGGACUAUCACAAUCGGAGCAGGAGAGAUCGACCGCACUUUCAGUCUGCUGGACUUGUGGCAGGGCCGUGUGAUAUACAUUCACAGUGGUUCAGAGGACCAGCAUGACUUCUUCAUGUUUUCAGUAUUCUCCAGCAAUAAGAAGGCGCUUCCUGUAUUUCUAAAGGGUAAGCGCCUGUAUCGGUUUGAUAUCAGCAUCAGUCCUGUUAAUGAUGCGCCUGUGCUCAGCCUGCCGGAGGGAAACCUGUUCACGCUGCUGGAGAAGUCCAAACGACAGCUGACAACGGAUGUGCUGAGGGUGUGGGACCCUGACAGCAGUCCUGCAGAGCUGGUGUUCAGCUCCCUGGGAAACCUCAACACUGAGGUUGGAUAUCUUGAGCACCAGGAAUACCCCGGCAGGGCCAUUAACUUGUUCUCACUGAAUGAUCUGGAGGAGGGUAAGAUCUGCUUUGUCCACACUGGGGUCCCCACCUCCCGGCUGGCACUCAGGGUCAGCGACGGGCUGAAGUUGAGCAACACAGUCGUUUUGAGGAUCAUGGCGCUGUCACUCGAACAUAAACUGGUGAAUAACACCGGACUGGAGGUGAACCAAGGCGAGGCUUCCAUCAUCACAACCACUCAGCUUGCAGUACAAGUCAAUCUGAACCACCAGGCAGUGGAGAUCCGCUACGACGUUACAGAGCUGCCACAAUACGGUGAGCUCCAACGGUUGCACUCAAGUGGCGACUGGAAACCGUCAACUUCCUUUUCUCAGAAGCUUCUAGAAAAAGAACGGAUCCGAUACCUCAGCAACUACCGUGGCGUUCAGACUCAGAGCAACAUCACUGAUUACUUCAAAUGUAAAUUCAGCAUUGGUUCCCGCACUACUGGGGAGGUUGUUUUCCCCGUCAUGGUACGCUGGAUCCACUUCAAGGUCACACGAAGCAAGAUGGAGGUCAACGGUGUUCAGUCUACUGCUGUCACUCCCAAGGACCUUCAUGUGAUCUCUAAGGGUGUUAAAGUCAAUGAGAGCGACCUCCAGUUCAGGCUUCUAACAGUGCCAAAGAAAGGGCAGCUAUUCCUUGACAACAGAGCUCUACGAAGGAACUCGACCUUCAGCCAGAAUAAUGUCACGGAUGGCUUGAUGAAGUACGAGCUGCUCAACAGGCUUCAGGAUGACACAAGAGACACGUUCAGCUUUCAGGUGUUUUCAACACAUGCCGACUCAACAGCUUACGACUUCAGAAUCAACAUCAAAGCCGAGUCGACCGCCAUCACCGUUGUCAACAAAGGCCUUUCAAUCCUGGAAGGAGGAAGUAAAGUCAUCAACAAAGACAUCCUGUUCACUCACACAGCAAGUAACCAGGAGGUGCACUACAGCAUCACGGUGAGCCCCAGGCACGGGCAGCUAAGGAGGAUCAACCUUUCCAACUCAACGUCCAUUAACAAUAACAUUGGGACAUUUACAAAUCAGGAUAUCACUGCGGAGAGGAUCGUGUACGUUCACGAUGACAGCGAGAGCAAGCAGGAUUCCUUCGCUUUUCAAAUUACGGUUUCCAAACCGAACAAACGCGCCAGCAAGAAGGAAGACGGGAACGCGGCCGAGCACACCUUUAACAUCUCUGUGCAGCUCGUCAACGACGAGAGGCCUGUCAGGGUUGUCGAUAAAGUUUUCCAUGUAGCCCGCGAUGGGCAGAGGUUGGUGACGUUGAAUGACCUUCGUUACCGGGACGACGACUCUGACUUUGAGGACAAUUGGUUGGUGUACACGCGGAGGGGGAUUCCCAUGGGAGACCUGGUGCUGUCCAGUGAUACCAGUCACAAGCUGUACGAGUUCACACAACGGGACCUCCAGCAGAAAAAAGUGCUGUUUGUCCACAGAGGAGUGAGCUAUGGGCGUUUUGUGCUUUUCGUAUCAGAUGGGAAACAUUAUGUUUCAACACUGCUGGAGGUGAUGGCGCAGGAUCCUUACCUUCAGGUCGAGAACAACACGGGCCUCAUGGUCCAGCGAGGUGGGCUCAUAACCUUGACCUCUGCCAACCUCAGCAUCUUCAGCAACCUUGACAUCCGAGACCCGCAGGAAGUGACAUUUGAGGUCUUCCGUCCACCUAAACACGGCGUACUCUGCUUUACUGAUGGAGAUUGUGUAACAGCAGCGGGCGCAAUUUCAAUAUUCACCCAGCGAGAUUUGGUGGCGGGGCGCCUGGCGUAUCAGCAUGACGGCAGCCACGAGUUGUCAGAUGGGUUCAAUGUGACGGCAAAAGCAUGGGAGAGGAAUGCAGCGAGGCGGCUGGUCAGAGAGAGGAGGGAGAUACAUCUGGAUAUUGGAGUGAUGGUAAUAAUCAACCUAGAGAGCCACCAGAGGCCGCCAACGGUCAUAAGUAACCGUCUAGUGGUGGUGGCGGAGGGACAGAACGUCUCCAUAAGCAAAGAGCAGUUGGAGGUGGUUCAUGAUGACAGCCAGCCCUCAGAGAUAGUUUUUACCGUCCAAAGUCCUCCCGCCCUGGGCUUUCUACAGCGGUUUCCCACCAACGAUACAAUCAACAACGGAGAACAGCUGCACCUCUAUGAAAUACAGCCGACUGGCAUCACAGAGCAGCCGACAAUGUCCUUCACCCAGGAGGAUCUCAACCAGGGAUGGAUCAUCUACCACCAGCAGGCUGCAGGACGCACCAACGACUCUGUCCUGUUGGAGGCAACCAACGGGGUCACGAGGGUCGGACCUAUCAGGCUAGAGAUUGACAUCAUCCCUAUCCUGCUCCCUCUUCAGGUGUCAGACUUGACCCUUGAUGAAGGGUCGUCCCUGCCACUGACCACUGACAUCAUCAAGGUGGCCAAUCAUCACUUCUCAGGGAUGAACUUCCUGUACCAGGUCAUCGUUCCUCCGCAACACGGACACUUGGAGCACAGCCGGAUCCCGGGGAUGCCCAUCACUGCUUUCACUCACAUUGAGGUGGAACGUGAGUACAUCUCCUAUAUCCAUGAUGGCAGCGACACACUGAGAGACAACUUUACCAUUGUGGCCAAUCAGACAGAAAUCAGGAAGCACAGUCUGCCCUGCACUGCUCACCUCAAUAUCACACCUGUCAAUGAUGAGACUCCUGUGGUUUCAACCAACAAGGGUCUGAAGGUGUGGGUGGGUUCAGUGACAGAAAUCACCACAGAUGAUCUGAGUGCAGAGGACUUGGACACUCCUCAGCCUGAGGGACUGGAGUUCAUCAUCACACCACCAAGCAACGGACACCUGGCCCUGAAGAGGGCCCCCUCCAGACAAAUCCUGAACUUCACCCAAAAUCACAUACAAACCGGACAAUUGAUGUUCAUGCACAGUGGUGCUUUAUCGGGUGGCUUUCACUUCCAGGUGAACGACGGCGUGAACUUUUCCCCUCGACAGAUUUUCAGCACAACUGCCCACUCUCUGGUUCUCACCUUACAGAGAAACCAUCCCAUGGAGGUCUACCCAGGCUCUGUGACACCAAUCUCUGAGCAGGAGCUUCAGGCCGUAACCAACGAUGUCAGCGACAUGAGAAGAAACCACACGGUGGUGUUUGCCGUAACCGAUCCUCCUAAACUUGGCAGCCUGGUCCAACGUAUGCCCGACAACUCGACGAGAAACAUUGCCAUGUUCACACAACGCAUGGUGAAAGAUGGGGUUAUUUUGUACGACCAGAACAAGCCACAGUCGGUGGGAUGGUCGGCUGCAGACGCCUUCUCUUUCACCGUGUCCUCUUCUCCUGCUUUCCUUCCUCCUCACACCUUCACCGUCUUAAUCUCCUAUCAGGCCAACGAACAUCACGACCGCCCUCAACACAAGACCAGGCUGCUGAGCAACGCAGGUGCGGUGGUGGCCGAGGGAGGCAGGGUGACGAUUGACAGGUCUAAACUCGAUGCCUCCAAUCUCCUUGGGAAAGUCCCUGAGCCGCACCGGAAGGACCACCACAUCCUGUACCGCCUGAUUUCCCCGCCGCGCCACGGGGUUCUGUCUAUACAUGGACAUAACCUCACCAGGAACCAACCUGAUUUCUCUCAAGUCACCCUAAACAAGUUUGGCGUCACAUAUGUCCAUGAUGACUCGGAGACGACGAGCGACAGCUUCACUUUCCGGGCCUGGGUGGCUCCUUUGGAUCUCUUCUCCUCUUCCUUGUCUGCUUUUUCCUCCUCUUCCUCCUCCUCCUCCUCCUCCUCCUCCUCCUCCUCCUCCUCCUCUUCCUCCCCCUCGUCCUCUCCCCCUCUCUAUUCAGCCUCAGCCUUAUCGUCCUCCCUUGCGUCAUUAGACGUGGUUUCUCAAGGCCGUGCCAAGGAGAGCCUGGAGGUGACGGAGACGUUCAACAUCACAGUGACACCGGUCAACGACCAGCCGCCACUCAUCAGGAGCAGAGCCCCGAGUAUGAAGGUCGUUGUCGGAGAGCGUGUCGUACUGGGACCAGACAAUCUGCAGGUUGAGGACCAUGACACCCCUCCAGAGGAGCUGCACUACCUUGUGAUCAGUAAGCCAAACAACGGCUACCUGACCCUGGGGGAGAGGCUGGAGCCGGUGACCUCCUUCACCCAGUACGACGUCAACCACGGCCGACUGCACUUUAUACAGCAGGGAGAGCCCUCAACGGGUGUUUUCUACUUCAACGUAACCGACGGUCAUCAUCGUCCACUCUACAAGCUGUUUAGUUUAGAGGUGAUAAAGCCCUCCGUCUCCAUGGUGAACAACACUGGCCUGUCAUUGGUUCAAGGCAAGACCGCUGUGGUCCUGACAACCAACCAGUUUGCAGCUCAAACCAACAGUCGCAGGCAGGUCAACAUCACCUACUCGGUCACCACACACCCUCGCCACGGACGCAUUGCCAUCAACGACCAGGAAGUCACAACCUUCCGCCAUGAGGACGUGCAGUCAGGACGCGUUGUCUAUCACAUGACUGAUCUCAGCGAAUCAGAGGACAGCUUCCAAGUCUCAGUGUCAGCCUCGUCACCCGGUGUUGACUACGGAAAUGUAACGGCACAGACGGUGACGGUAACGGUGAGGCCUCUGAUCUACCUGAGGGAGCAGGUGAGAGUGCCCAGUGGUAUCGCCGUGAAGCUUAGCAAAGCCAUGAUCGAUGCCUCCGAGCUGGCGAGAAUCAGCCGAACCGACCCGGUCUUUCAGGUUCUGUCGCCACCAAAACACGGGAAACUAGUCAAGAUGACCUAUGACCCCAACCGAGCAUCAGAGGUGCUGAAGUCGUUUACGUUCAGAGAUGUGGUGCAGGGCCGGGUCGCCAUCGAGGAGACUCUCAGUGACAGUGACAGCCGGCAGCACGACAACAAAUCAGCACUCACAACAGCCCGAGGCCACGCCCCCGCCACGCCUCUCAAUGAUUCUUUCAUCUUCAUGCUGAGGGCUGGAAACGUCCAACCAGCGAAGGGGGAGCUUCACUUCACCAUCUUUCCACACCACCAGAUGCAUCAUGGUCCAAGCAGUUCAGACGGUGCAAGUCGUGAACAAACGACAACCCGAUUUCCAGCACAUAAUAAGACUGCUACCGGAAGGGGAGGCGGGCGAGGGGGUUCCACGACGGGCAGCGGGGACGGGGUGGGUUUGCCCCCCCACAUUUUGUCACAUAAGAACCACAACAGGACACAGCACAAGUUGAGGCCUCACAGCCGCUGGGGGAAUCACACACGCAGCGGCAGUCACGGAGGAAGAUCAGGGAGUCGUGCAGAGGGAGCGGGUCAUGGCCCACAGCCCCUCACUCCUUCUGUCUUAGACAAGCAUGCUCCAGCAGUCCCACCCGACAUACACCCGGUCCACGUUGAGAUCCUCCCUCGGCCCGCCUCCGACCCUCUCCUCAUUAUCCUACCGCUGCUGGCCUGUUUGUUCCUCAUUAUAAUCCUCGUAGUUUUGAUUCUGGUGUUCCGCCGCCGCAAGGAGAAACAGGCCCGGCUGCGGCUCCUCCAGCAGCUCGCUGCAGUGACAUUACCCACAGAGGGCAGCCCGUACCUGGGCCGGGCAGAGCGGAGCGUGGCUAUGCCCUCCGUGGUGGUCACCCCGCUGGGCCCUGCAAGCUGCCCAACCUCCCCUAGGGUACCUUUAAGUCCCAGAAGGAGGAGUCUGGCCCCUGGGAUGACCUUCUGGGGGCCAUUUGAAGCUGAUGAAGGUGAAGAUGGAAAAAUUAGAGGUGGUAUGAGUAUUGAAAAAGAUAUGGUAACUGCAGGAUUCCAAACAUCUCUGAGAUCUAGGUCCCCUACUCCGACUCUUAAAGACAACCAGUACUGGGUUUGAUGGAAGAAAUCCAAAGAAGAACUGUGCCUAAGAGCUGUAUUUUGGUGUAUUAAUAGCACAUGUCCAGGGGACAUCUGUAGGCACAUCAACUUAAUAAGAAUAUGCACAUUUGUACUGCUGGGGACUGUUCCUUUUUUUGAAGGAAAAACAUCUUUGUUGUCGUAACAAUGUAUUGAAAAACUGUUAUUUAAUCCGUAAAACAUCACCCUGCUACACAGGAGCUGUAAUUGUACUGCAGCGUGUGACACUAGCAUCGCCACCAUUGGUUCUUUUAUGCAAACACACCAUUUUGUAGCAAUUCAUGUGACUGAUUCCUCAAAACACCAAUUGUAACUUCUAUAGCUCGGACGAAGUGUGGCUGAACAAGGGAGUUAAACGUAGUAUUGUUAUUGUAUUUAUUGUAAACGAUUUAAUGUAGCUGAAUUUUAGCUCAAAAGAGUUAGUAGUGUAACUGGUUAUUGACACCACUCAACUACAAUAUUGCCACUGUACAGCGUUGACGUGUUCAAAGCCUUGUAUGUCAGCUGGUAGGUCAUACUGCUUGUUUGUACACGUGACUAAAGGUACUGUAAGCUUCCAAAUCAAUGCAUGCAAACUGUUCUCUAUGACGUUCACCCCUCUGUAGCUGCAUCUCUGUUUCCCUUGUGUGACGUUGUGACAGCUCAAGGCAGUGAGUUGUCAUGUAACCUCUUCCCAUAAACCACACAGUAUUAACAAUGCACAGUGAGAUGUAGAGACACUGGUAGCUUCCUCGCUUCUCGACUGACUUCAACAUUUUUGUUGCCCGUGACCCCUUUUUAUGCCCGCCUGUUUGCCAUGCACUGUGAAAGAUUUAUUUUUAAUAAAGAAUAUUUCCU